AUGGACUCUGCUAAGGCCCCCGUCAACCUCGUCAAGGUCACCCGUGUCCUUGGCCGAACCGGCUCCCGUGGUGGUGUCACCCAGUGCCGUGUCGAGUUCAUGAACGACCAGACCCGUUCCAUCAUCCGCAACGUCAAGGGCCCAGUCCGCGAGAACGACAUUCUCUGCCUCCUCGAAUCCGAGCGUGAGGCCAGGCGUCUGCGAUAA